AUGGAGGCGGCCGCGCAACCCCAGCCGGGAGCCCUGAGCUGGCGGCUCAGUUCUCAUCCCAUUACGUUGCUCACGUUUCUGGGCUUUAGGAUAUCGAGCGUGCUCAUAUAUUUCUUGGGGCUAUGGAUCAUCCAGAGCAUGAUCAUGAUUUUCAUUAUUACGAUUCUCCUCCUAGCCUGCGACUUUUACUACCUCAAGAACAUUGCCGGCCGUCGACUCGUCGGGCUGCGGUGGUGGAACGAAGUCGAUCCGUCGACGGGCGAUUCCCAGUGGGUGUUUGAGAGCCUGGAGCCGGGGACGAGGGAGAUCAACUCGACGGAUAGCCGGUUCUUCUGGCUGGCGCUGUAUAUUCAGCCGCUGUGGUGGAUAUUGAUGGCGAUUCUGGCGAUUAUACGGCUGCAGUUUUUGUGGCUGCCUCUUGUUGCUAUCGCGUUGGCUCUGACCAUUAUCAACACUCUGGCCUUUUCUCGAUGUGACAAGUUUAGUCAAGCGGGCAAUUUUGCCGGGGGCGCCUUUGGAUCGACCAACUUGGCAACAAGCCUUGCUAGCAACUUUGUCGGCCGCAUGUUCAGGUCGUAA